AAUGAACGGCCCAUCCCCCCACUCACUCCAGAAAACAGAAAAACAAAAAAGCAAAAAAUCAAAAUCAAAACCCUUCUUCUUCUCUCUCUAGCGCCCCUUCGUAGGUCUCAUAUAGAUCGACGCCUCCGCGGUAAACGCACGUAUAUAAUCACACGAGUCCUAUACGUAUCGUCUUAAUAUUCGGGUUUCGUUUUUCGAUCGAGCAAGUAUGUCUCUGAGGCCGAACGCGAGGACCGAGGUUCGUCGGAGCAAGUACAAGGUCGCCGUCGAUGCAGAGGAAGGUCGGCGACGGAGGGAAGACAACAUGGUUGAGAUCCGAAAGAACAAGAGAGAAGAGAGCUUGUUGAAGAAGCGUCGUGAGGGCUUGCAAACUCAGCAAUUCCCAACCGCCGUUAACGUCUCUCAAAUCGAAAAGAAGUUAGAAAGUCUACCUGCCAUGAUUGCUGGUGUUUGGUCCGAUGAUAGCAGCUUACAGCUAGAAGCAACUACCCAGUUCCGAAAGCUUCUUUCAAUAGAACGAAAUCCUCCUAUCGAGGAGGUGAUACAAUCCGGUGUUGUUCCUCGCUUUGUUGAGUUUCUUGCUAGGGAUGACUACCCAAACCUUCAGUUUGAGGCGGCCUGGGCUCUUACAAACAUUGCAUCUGGAACAUCAGAGAACACCAAGGUUGUAAUUGAUCACGGAGCUGUUCCAAUUUUUGUGAGACUUCUUGGAUCUCCAAGCGAUGAUGUUCGUGAACAGGCUGUUUGGGCAUUGGGAAACAUUGCUGGUGACUCUCCCAAAUGUCGCGAUCUUGUCCUGACCUGUGGAGCCUUGAUGCCACUGCUGGCACAGUUCAAUGAGCAUGCAAAACUUUCUAUGUUAAGAAAUGCCACAUGGACACUGUCAAACUUUUGCAGGGGGAAACCGCAACCACAGUUUGAGCAGACUAAGCCUGCUCUCCCAGCUCUUGCACGUCUUAUACAUUCGAAUGAUGAAGAAGUUCUCACUGAUGCAUGCUGGGCAUUGUCGUACUUGUCUGAUGGUACUAAUGACAAAAUCCAAGCUGUUAUUGAGGCUGGUGUCUGCCCCCGCCUCGUUGAGCUUUUGCGUCAUCCAUCACCAUCAGUGCUCAUUCCUGCUCUGCGGACAGUUGGUAACAUUGUUACGGGUGAUGAUAUCCAAACUCAGGUUAUUAUAGACCAUCAAGCUCUUCCUUUUCUGGUGAACCUUUUGACAAAUAAUUACAAAAAGAGCAUUAAGAAAGAAGCUUGUUGGACCAUCUCAAAUAUCACAGCUGGAAAUAAGGGUCAGAUACAGGCUGUGAUUGAGGCUGGUAUUAUGGCACCACUUGUCCAACUGCUUCAAAAUGCCGAGUUUGAGAUCAAGAAAGAAGCUGCCUGGGCAAUUUCAAAUGCUACAUCUGGCGGUACCAAUGAGCAAAUAAAGUUCUUGGUGAGCCAGGGAUGUAUAAAGCCACUGUGUGAUCUCCUUGUUUGUCCUGACCCAAGGAUAGUCACUGUUUGCUUGGAAGGGCUUGAAAACAUCCUGAAAGUUGGGGAAGCUGAGAAGAACUUGGGUAACUCGGGCGAUGUAAAUUACUAUGCCCAGUUGAUUGAUGAAGCUGAAGGAUUGGAGAAGAUAGAAAACCUUCAGAGUCAUGACAACAAUGAAAUAUACGAAAAGGCAGUGAAGAUCCUUGAGACAUAUUGGUUGGAGGAUGAGGAUGAGCAAUUACCUGCUGGUGAUGCUUCUCAAUCUGGUUUUCGCUUUGGAGGGAAUGAACUCCCUGCUGUUCCAUCAGGUGGAUUCAAUUUCAGUUGAAGGGCAUUCAGAUUGGAUGGGAAUGCAACUGGAAUUUGGUGGAAGAGAUAUGGGUCCUUUGUGGGGUAGAGCAUCUGUUCGUUGUGUUCAGGUACAGUUGGGUUCAGAUUGAGUUACGGUUGAGGAGAUGCUGCCACGUUAUGGUUUGCUUCUUUAAAGUGGUCGAGUAAUAAAAAAAAAAGGGUCGUUUGAUACCAUGAACCGGGUCGUCGUUAAGCAUUGUUUCAGAUCCUUACCAUGGAAGAGGAACUUGUGAAACAAUGCAAGAGUCCAGAGUCCUUUUUCAUUUUGGUCCCUGCUGUCAGUUUUCAUGUAUUUUAUGUGUUCUAUUUAUAGAACGCAAGGUGGUCAAAAAAGAGGAGGAAAAAGCUUAAUGAAUGCAUAGGUGGACUAUACUUCCAAGAUCAGUAUCUAGUCUUGCUGACUGGAAAGGCCUAUGGGCAAUUGGGUUUGGGGUAUGCAAGAGUAUAUAUAUAUUUGUUAUGAGUUAAUGUUAAAAGUCAAAAGUAUUCAUGGCCGGAUGAUGUAUAUGGUUUUGGAAGUCCCAUUUGCUAUCUUUAAAGUUGUGCGCCUUCUGUAAGGUUGAAUAUUGUUUUA